GCACACACGCGGCAGGCAAGUGAACGUGGGUGUCGACUCUCCUGCAUUGUACACUGAAAAAAAACCAUUUUAACUUCGUGACAUCUCUUGAUUUCGAAGGAGACUCCAAGAAUGCCUACAGUGAGAUCAUCAGCCUCAACCAAGAGAAACAAGAGAUUAUUGGAGGAUAUAAGUAAUACUGUUGAGAUAUCCAAGGCAGCAAACAUGAAGAAACCAUCUUUGAAAAAGAAUUUAAUGUUGUCAGAAGAUGAAGAUGAGGAAAUCCGUGAACCAGUGCCUAAAAGGUCAAGAACUGCUAGAGCAUCAUCUGGGCCAAAGAAAAAGGUUGACAUCAAGAAGGAAGAACUGUCAGAUGAGGAACCAGAAGCAAAACCCAUAAGGAGGACCAAGAGAGCAGCCAUUCUGAAGAUGAAGGAAGAACCAGCAACAGAUGAUGAUGAUGAUGAGGAGGAGGAGGAAGAGGAAGAGGAGGAAGACGAAGAAUAUGAAGAUGAAGAUGGAGAGAAUUAUUACACUGUAAAAGAAAAGAAAAAUGUGAAAUCUCAAAAAAAGGAUGUAAAAGUUAAGCAAGAAUUGGAGUCUGAAGAAGAGAAAGAAACUCCAUCUAUGAAACUCUCGGAUUAUGAGCUCAUGAUACAAAAGAACAUUGAAGAAAGACAGAAGUUUUUAGCAUCACUCAAGAUUUUUGAGGCCAGAAAUGAACUUGAAGAGUUAGCCCCACAGCCUGUAGGCAAGAAAGCAACAAACAGAGGGAUUACCCGCAUCAAGGAGGCCCCAGAACCAACCGAGCGUCGAAGGAGUUUAAGGCAGCAGAAAAUGACCCCGGAUGGAGCAGAUUUGCAGCUGCCCUCUGAAAAGGAGAUUGCCAAGGGGUUGGCAGAAUCUUCAGAGCAGAGGAACCCUCGACCCCCACCUGGACCAGGACCAGUAAUGGACUAUUUCAGUGCUUCAGGAAGGGAAGAGUUUGAGGAAUUCCUGAAAGAUGUACACAGUAUGAAAGUGGCAGGAGGAGAAAAGAGUGUUUGGUCACAGGAUAGCCAAAGUGUUAUCAAGACAUUGAAGAAGAUGAAGAUUACAGAAUCUCUUGUUGCUAAGGUAGUUCCCAGCCGGACUUUCUCAGUCCAGAUCCACCCAACGUUAGAUAAGACUUUGGUCAUGAUUGGUGGAAAAUAUGGAGAGCUUGGACUUUGGGAUGUGCAUCGUGAAGACUCAAGCAAUGGUGCCCAUUUCUUCAGUCCACACUCACGGCCAAUCAACUGCCUUACUGUAGACCCUUGGAAUUAUCAGAAUGUUUACACAACAAGUUAUGAUGGAUCUGUAAGGAGAACAGAUCUGACAUCAGGGAUUGUCCAGCAGGUUUACAGCUAUGUUGAAGAAGAAGCCUAUAAUGUAUAUACUUCAUGGCAUGCACAUAGAGAUGAAAAUACAAUGCUUGUUGGAGGAAGCCUUGGGGAUUUGGUUCAGGUUGAUGUCCGUGACUGCAACAGCAAUCCAGUGGAGUACAAGGUACAUAAUGGCAAAGUAGUCAAAUUGGUGACUGUGCACCCAACACAGAGUCAUUAUGUUGCAACAUCAUCAAGAGAUGGGUGUGUUUCUCUAUGGGACUUGAGAAAAAUCAAGAAAAAUACACCAAUUUCUGAAUGUCCUCAUGGCCGUAAUGUGUCUGGUUUGGAGUUCUCACCAGUUACAGGAAAUACCCUGAUUUCAACCUGCUCAGACAAUUACUUGAGGUUCAUAUCAUGUGACUUGAGUGAUUUAAAAGUACAAAAGAAAAUUCACCACAACAAUCAAACAGGAAGAUGGCUGACUACCUUUAAGGCCCGCUUCCUACCAGGAAGGGAGGACUUAAUAGUUGUGGGGUCCAUGAUGCAGCCAAGAAGGAUUGAAGUAUGGUCGAAUGAUGGUCAGUUGGCACAUGAAUUCAAAGGUGAAGAUUUUGCAUCGGUCGCAAGUAUAAACGCAUUCCAUCCUACAAAAGCUGUUCUGGCAGGAUGUAAUUCCUCAGGAAGAGUACAUGUCUUUAUGUAGAAGAAACUGAGUAAAGGCAGUGUGAUCGAAGCUGCAAACUUGGUGUGUGCCAUAAAUGCAUUCCAGUAUGAUACUCUUGUUUGUAUCCAACUUAGUAAUGAGAGGUGGAUUUUUCAUGUUAGAGAAAGUGAUUAAUUUUCAGCAGUAUUAUUGUUAGUCACAAAAAGGAAGACAUAUUUAUGUUAAGUUGGAGGCUUUGAACCUAUACAAAAGGUGCUCAAGGUGCAUGCUCCAUUUUUAUUUCCAGUGAAUGUAGCAAGUUUUGGAAAAUUGUAAAUAUUAAUUAUAGAUUUUGGAAAAUCAUAGGAGUGUCAUGCUACACUGAUUAUUUUAUAUAACUGAAAUGCAGUUAAUGAGUAGUUUGUUAAAUGGCAAAAAAUUCUGCCUGCUGUAACAAACAGAUGGUAUCCAGGAUUUUGAAACUGCUUUCUGAAAAAAAAAGUUUAUUGGGUUAUUUUGCUAAGCAAAGUUUGUUAGGUCACUUUGUGCUUGAUGAACAAAGUACAAAUAAAUCAUUUUGUAAACUAAGAAAGAGUGAUACUAUAAACAUUAAGUUGCUUAUAGUGUAUUUUCAUGUUUUAGUUACAUCAUUUUAUAAGCUUCUUUAAAAGCAUGCUUUAUAUGAUAUAAUACAAGACAGAUUUGGAAACUUUAAGGUUAACCACAGGUUUUUUCUACAACCAAAGAUGAAAUCUAAAUCCUAACUGGCCAAUGGCAAUAGACAACAAGGAAAAACAUUUCCCAUCUAAAUCUCAGACUGAUAGUGGACAAACAGUAAGAAUAUUAAAUUAGUAACACAAAUCCUAGCUGACACAAACCAUUUGCUAUUUACAGUACAUGACACAGUACUAUAAAUAGUGCAUUCUGUUUACAUUAAUAUAUGAGAAGCUAAGGGCAAUUUUUAUAUAUGCAUGUAUAUAUUAUGAUCAUUAUUUUUGCUCUUUUUUGUCAUAAUCUGAAACAUUGGUUAAUUUUAAAUAAGUAAAUUUGUGUUGCUAAUUAUCCCACUGGCUUCUGAAAAAGGUAUUUUUAAAGACUUUAUGGGCAUUAAGCCCACAAUAGAGAGUGCUAUAAUUGAAAUCAAUAUUUUCUCUAAAAUGCAAAGUUCUGGAAACUGUUGUCUUAUGUAAUUGCAGAUGAAAUACAUUGUGUGUUGGUAUUUAUCAAUAGUGUAUGCCUGGCAUGAAGCAUGCAAAUACUCUAAAGUUUUAUUUGCCAUUUUAUGUGGUUGAAAAUAAUGUAAACAUAUGGUGAAUGAAACUUCCUUUUUUCUGAUGCUGUUUUGUACAUAGAUUGAUAAAUUAAAUAUUUGAUUAACAUUUUAUACAUUCUUUAAAGGAGCAUGUAGAGUUGGUAAUUGUCAAGUUCACCAGAUUGUUGUUUUAUAUUUUUGUACACUAUCAAAUUUUAAGAUGCCAUAUAUACAUGGUAUGUACUCAAUAUGGUGUUAAUUGCUUUUUUUGAAAAUAUACUUCAUAAUGAUA